GAAUGGAGCACUCCGUCAUCCUAGAAACUGAGCCCUGGGGACUAGGACUUGAUGAAAUACUGCUUCCGGAGUACUUAGCCCCUCUGGGCUACACACGUCAUAUCGUCGGCAAAUGGCACCUUGGGUUUUUUCAAAAAGAGUACACGCCCACGUACCGCGGAUUUCAGACCCACUUUGGCUACUGGUCUGGGAAGCACGACUACUGGUCACAUUUCUCUGAAAAAUACAUCUCGAACAAUUUUUUCAUGACUGGUCUCGACAUGCGGCUGAACAUGGAACCAGCUCACAAUACAACUGGACGUUACACCACUGAUCUUUUGACAGAAGCAGCUACUUUGAUCAUUCAACAUCACAAGGUGGACGAAUCCCCGUUGUUCUUGUACUUGUCGCACUUGGCUGUUCAUUCAGCAAACAAGGAGCAACCCCUGCAAGCUCCCAAAGAAGUUGUGGACCAAUUUUCUCACAUAAAAGAUGAAAAACGUCGAACAUACGCUGCCAUGGUUGCAAAAUUGGACGAAUCAGUUGGAAGGGUUGUAGAGGCCUUGGCGCAAAAGAACAUGCUCAACAACACAAUCCUGAUUUUUUCGACGGACAAUGGCGGAGCAGCUGCGGGAUUCAACUACAACGCUGGGUCCAACUGGCCUUUACGCGGGGUAUAUCAGACAAAUGUCAACAGAAAAUACACUAUGUUCCAGGUUAAGAAUACGCGCUGGGAAGGAGGUGUAAAGGGAGUAGGCUUCAUUUGGAGCCCGCUGCUCAAAGUGCAUGGCGUCAGAUCCGACAAAAUGAUGCACAUUGUUGACUGGCUGCCAACCUUACUUUCUGCCGCAGGCGUCAAACGGUCUGACCUUCCGCCAGAUUUGGACGGUAUCAGUAUGUGGGAAUCUUUCUUAGAAGAGCCCAAUUCUGACCAUUUGCCACGAUCAGAAAUGCUCAUCUCACACGAUCCGCUUUAUGGAGUUUCCGUAUACAGAUACGGUUAUUGGAAAAUCUUGAAUGAUCAACUUCGACUUCAUCCAGGCAGGAGCAGGGACGCGGAAAACCAACAGUGCCCGCCGCUCCGCUUCGCUGGGCGGAAAUAUCCUUUCGGUUGCCGGAACGCGAGCUUACAAAGACCAGCGUCUGCCCGUCGUCAGCUCCGACCAUCAGCAGCUGUGCUUCACAAAACCCCGGAACUGCAGCAGCCAAGUCCAGAAACAGCAACCCCUGAUGUUCACCCACCUCUUCAUCAGAAAGCCGAAAUUGCUUCCGAGAACACCUCAUCAUCAGCAGAGCCGCCGCCCUCGUCCUCAAUAAAGGCCAGACUUGGCCCAACGAAGUCCCUGCGAAGGCCGAAAAGCGCCGCUACUCUCAGCAGUGGCCCGCCUCCAUCAAGGGCGAAAAACGCCGCCGCUGCUGCUGCUGCUGCUGUCAGUCCCACCAAAUCCUCUGCAUUGCCACCACCACAACCACCACCAACAAGAACGUCUCCUACACUGUCAACAAAUACUGGAGGAGGUGUUCGGGAAAGGCCGAUCACAGCUGACUCCGCAUUGCGUUCGAAGACCGUUGGUGAGCAAGAGCCGAAGCAAGAGCAGGUGUUAAUUAGGCGACAGAAUCAGCCGAUCGCCUGGCAAUUCGCCAAGUUGCCUGCCAAUGACGGGGCCAACAGUCCGUAUGGCCUUUCAGCUCAACAACUGGAACAGCGCAAC